UACGACACACAAACACACAACACAAUUGACCGACGUUCACAUCAGCUGUAAGGGAAAAAGUGCUCCAUUUUGUAACUUUCCAACCAAUUGUAAAAUAUAUUAUUACCGUUUUUUGGUUGUUUGGACAUCUAAAAUAUAUUUUACCAACAUUCACAAUUUCUUUGGGUACUAGCGCGCCACAGUGUUGUUAUUUUUUAUUCCCGUUCUAAAGUGUUAGCACAAUUACAAUUUGGCCGUACCACAAUUUUUUAGCGUACUCUAUACACAUUUUAUCGUACGAGUUUUUUUGUGCCCUUAUUGAAGUGCAAACAAUUUUUCAACUAUGAAUUGUGAUGGGGAAAAUGAUGCGUACACUUCGACGCCUGAUGCCCACAUAGAGGAAGUCUUUAUAAAAUGCGAAAAUGUAGAGAAGAAAGUCCAAAAGACACCUGCUAAACCUCGAGUGCGACCAUACGAGGAUCCCCAGCAACGACGACAGAAAUUUUGCCUUAAAUGGGGUCAAGACUUUCCGUGGCUAAGGCCAACCGAAAGAGAUAGCUCUGUGGGAUAUUGCACCGUAUGCCGCAGAGAUCUAGUUUGUAAAAGGACACAUUUGGAGAGACAUCAGAAAACUUUGAAGCAUAUGCGUCUUCAAGGAUUUGAAAAUAUGAACUCUUUUAAUGAACCUGAAGCCGAUUUAAUUGAAGCCCAUACUAAUGGUUACUUGGAAAAUGAUAUUGACCACGACUUUGAGGACGAAAUGAUGCUUGAUGAUGAUCAUAUUGAAUACACGACUAUUAAAGUGGAACCAGCUAAGUUUGCUACAUUCAAAGAAGCGGAACCCGUUACAUUGAAAAAGUCACCGUUGAAACGUACGAAGAUUGAAAAACGCUCUUCACAAGUAUCGACAUUUGAUAAUAUAAUUGAUCCCAAUACAAGUAAAUUGUCUCAUUCUGUUAAGAGGGAGCGAGAACACGUGAGAGAAAUGGGAGAUUACUAUUAUAUGCCCCGACCGCCACAAAAGGACAGCUUUGAUUUGUUCUUCGAAUCCGCUGCAGCUUCAGUUAAAAGCCUACCUCCAAAACUAGCAGCUGAACUUAAAAGUCGAGUGUCUCAGCUUUUAAGUGAAUUUGAACUACGAGCCAUUUGCGAGAAGGAGGCUCAAGAAAAGGCGGCUGCUGCAGCAGGCACACAAUCCAUAACGGCCAUCGCGAGCCCUGUGACCGUCGCCGUUGACCAAUCCAUAUGUUCCACAUCACAUGGCGAACCUUCAAGGGUGGGAAACCAACAGCUACAGGACCAGCAUCCGAUUGCUCACUACGUCUAUUCGUAUCAGUCCAAGUAAUUGCAAACGUUCACCCACAUACUUAUAAACAUAUACAUUUGUCAUAAAUUUCAGAAUUUAUAAAAAAUAUGUUAGUAAAUUUACUAAAUCAUCAAAACACCGACAUUUAAAAAAUAAAA